AAGUGUGAAAAGAUGAAUGGAUCAGUGGAUGGCUUGCGUGACCAUUCUCUAAGUGAAGAAGAAAAUUUUAUGUUCACAUCAGAAUCUGUAGGAGAGGGACACCCAGACAAGAUCUGCGACCAGAUAAGUGACGCAGUGUUGGAUGCCCAUCUCAAGCAGGACCCUAAUGCCAAGGUGGCCUGUGAGACAGUGUGUAAGACAGGCAUGGUGCUGCUGUGCGGGGAGAUCACCUCCAUGGCCAUGGUGGACUACCAGCGGGUGGUGAGAGACACCAUCAAGAACAUUGGCUAUGAUGACUCUGCCAAGGGUUUUGACUUUAAGACCUGCAAUGUGCUGGUGGCUUUGGAGCAGCAGUCCCCAGAUAUUGCCCAGUGUAUCCAUCUAGACAAAAACGAAAGGGAUAUCUGUGCUGGAGAUCAGGGUUUGAUGUUUGGCUAUGCUACGGAUGAGACAGAAGAGUGCAUGCCCCUCACCAUCAUUCUCGCUCACAAACUCAAUGCCCGGAUGGCGGAACUGAGACGCUCCGGUGUCCUCCCCUGGCUGAGGCCCGACUCAAAGACUCAGGUGACGGUUCAGUACAUGCAGGACAAUGGUGCAGUCAUCCCUGUACGCAUCCACACUAUUGUCAUUUCUGUGCAACACGAUGAAGACAUAACUCUGGGGGAUAUGCGCAAGGCCCUGAAGGAGCAGGUGAUCAAGGCCGUGGUUCCGGCCAAGUACCUGGAUGAAAACACCAUUUACCACCUGCAGCCCAGUGGGCGCUUUGUCAUUGGCGGUCCCCAGGGGGAUGCGGGCGUCACUGGUCGUAAGAUAAUCGUGGACACCUAUGGCGGCUGGGGGGCACAUGGUGGAGGAGCCUUCUCUGGGAAGGACUACACCAAGGUGGACCGCUCUGCAGCUUAUGCUGCCCGCUGGGUGGCCAAAUCCCUGGUGAAAGCAGGGCUCUGCCGGAGAGUGCUUGUACAGGUUUCCUAUUCCAUUGGUGUGGCUGAGCCACUGUCCAUUUCAAUCUUCACCUAUGGAACCUCUCAGAAGACAGAGCGAGAGCUGCUAAAUGUGGUGAAUAAGAACUUCGACCUUCGGCCUGGCAUCAUUGUCAGGGAUUUGGAUUUGAAGAACCCCAUCUACCAGAAGACAGCAUGCUAUGGCCAUUUUGGAAGAAAUGAGUUCCCAUGGGAGGUUCCCAAGAAGCUUGUGUUUUAGAGCUGGUGGACGUUGGCCUGGCCUUGCCGUAGAGGCAUCUGGGUGGCCAGGAUCCCAACUCUUGGAUCUCGCAGACCCUGGGUUGCUGACUGCCCUCAGGAGAGUGCCUUUCCCCCCACUACACCCUCCUAGGCAAAGCCAAGGUCCUCUGAUUUAGCCCUAUCCUGUCACAAUCAUGAAUGGCAGGAGGCAGGUGGCUUCCUGGUGCUGAGAGUCUGAACUCCUCAUGAGGAUUGUCACGAUGUCCUCCUGACUCUUCGUCAGACCAAGGUGAUGUUAAUUUAGUGGAAAAACCACCCCUGUCA